AGGGUUUUUAUUUUUAGUAUACACUUCUCACUUCUUCUCUCACUCUCACACUAUUUACUUACGUGAAGUAGAUAUCCUUCUUUUCUGCAACUCUUUCUAGGGCUCAAAUGGCUCCAGUUCUGAGUAGAAGCUUAGCCACAGCUUCUCUAGCUUCUUUCCCUUCUUCAUCUCCCUUUACUGUCAGAAGCCCCAAUGGAGUCUUCAAAUUGAGGAGCGCUUUCCUCCCUCAAAAUGGGCUCCGAAGAAAGGGUCUGUCUUCUAGUGGCUUAAAAUGGAAGCUUGAGAGGAGAGACAAUCGAGUCCCUGUACGCUGUGAGGCCUCCGUUGCCGAGAAAGAGGAGACUGAUACGGCUGGGGAAAAAUUUGAGUACCAGGCCGAGGUUAGUCGAUUAAUGGAUUUGAUAGUUCAUAGUCUAUACAGCCACAAAGAGGUGUUCCUUAGGGAGCUUGUCAGUAAUGCUAGUGAUGCCCUGGACAAACUUAGAUUUUUAAGUGUGACCGAGCCAUCUUUGCUUGGAGAUGCUGGGGACCUCGAGAUAAGAAUCAAGCCUGAUCCAGACAAUGGCACUAUCACUAUUACGGAUACUGGUAUUGGAAUGACAAAGGAAGAGCUUAUUGACUGUCUUGGAACUAUUGCUCAGAGUGGUACUUCAAAAUUCUUGAAGGCAUUAAAGGAAAAUCAAGAACAUGGAGCGGAUAAUGGUUUGAUUGGUCAAUUCGGUGUUGGAUUCUAUUCUGCAUUUCUUGUUGCUGACAAGGUUGUUGUCUCUACAAAAAGCCCAAGAUCAGAUAAGCAGUAUAUAUGGGAGUCAGCAGCUGAGAGCAGCUCUUAUGUGAUUAAGGAAGAAACUGAUCCUGAAAAAAUGUUGAGUCGUGGAACCCAGAUCACACUCUAUUUAAGGCCGGAUGACAAAUAUGAAUUCUCAGAGCCAACCAAGAUUCAAAGUUUGGUGAAGAAUUACUCACAGUUUGUUUCUUUCCCCAUCUACACAUGGACAGAAAAAUCAAGGACUGUUGAGGUAGAAGAGGAGGAAGAGCAGAAAGGAGACGAAGAAAAGCCAGAGGGUGAGAAGAAAAUGAAGAAAACAACAAAAACUGAGAAGUAUUGGGACUGGGAAUUAGCCAAUGAAACAAAACCAAUAUGGAUGCGAAGUCCAAAGGAUGUUCAGAAAGAAGAGUACUGUGAAUUCUACAAGAAAACUUUCAAUGAUUUCUUGGAUCCUAUUGGAUACACUCAUUUCACCACUGAGGGUGAGGUGGAGUUUAGGAGUGUACUAUAUGUUCCCGGAAUGGGCCCUCUUAACAACGAGGAUGUAAUUAACCCCAAAACAAAGAACAUACGUUUGUAUGUGAAGCGAGUCUUUAUCUCAGAUGAUUUUGAUGGCGAGCUAUUCCCAAGGUAUCUGAGCUUUGUCAAGGGUGUGGUGGACUCUGAUGAUCUUCCUCUUAAUGUGUCUAGAGAAAUCCUUCAAGAAAGUCGAAUUGUAAGAAUAAUGAGGAAGAGACUUGUGAGGAAGGCAUUUGACAUGAUCCAAGAUAUUUCUGAAAGUGAAAAUAAAGAGGACUACAAAAAAUUUUGGGAGAACUUUGGCAGGUUUAUAAAGUUAGGUUGCAUUGAGGAUACUGGAAAUCACAAGCGCAUUACCCCACUCUUGCGGUUUUACUCCUCAAAGAAUGAGGAAGAACUGACAAGUUUAGAUGACUACAUCGAAAACAUGAAUGAGAACCAGAAGGCAAUUUAUUACUUGGCUACUGACAGCCUGAAAAGUGCCAAGUCUGCUCCCUUCUUGGAGAAGUUGGUCCAGAAAGAUAUUGAGGUGCUGUAUUUAAUUGAGCCUAUUGAUGAAGUUGCCAUCCAGAACCUGCAGACUUACAAAGAAAAGAAGUUUGUUGACAUUAGCAAGGAAGAUCUAGAGCUUGGUGAUGAGGAUGAGGUUAAAGAAAGGGAAACUAAACAAGAAUACAAUCUUCUUUGUGAUUGGAUAAAGCAACAACUUGGUGAUAAGGUAGCAAAAGUCCAAGUCUCAAAUCGUCUGAGUUCAUCUCCCUGUGUGCUUGUUUCCGGCAAGUUUGGAUGGUCUGCUAAUAUGGAAAGACUGAUGAAAGCACAAGCACUUGGAGAUACUUCAAGUUUGGAGUUCAUGAGGGGAAGGAGAAUACUGGAAAUCAACGCUGACCAUCCUAUUGUUAAAGACUUGAAUGCUGCAUGCAAGAAUGCCCCAGAUAGCGCCGAUGCCAAGAGAGCUGUCGAUCUUCUAUUCGAUACAGCCUUGAUCUCCAGUGGAUUCACUCCUGACAGUCCGGCUGAGUUGGGAAACAAGAUAUAUGAGAUGAUGGCAAUGGCCCUUGGAGGAAGAUGGGGUAGAUUAGAAGACGAAGAAAAGGCAGAGGGAGCUGGUGAUGAUACCACAGAAUCUGAUGGAAGUGCUAGUCAAGCCGUGGAGACAGAAGUAGUUGAGCCAUCUGAAGUGAGGACAGAGAGUGAUCCUUGGAGUGAAUAAAUUUUAGCUUAGUUUCAAACAAAAGUUUUGGCAUUUUUCCAAUGUGACGUGAAAUAAUAAGUGGAAGGGUCAAGAAAAAGCUCAUUUAGAGGGAGGGAUGUAGUGCAGGAUGAUGUUUUGCGGGGUAGAGGAAGAAUAUCAAAUUUUGCUGACAUUCAUUUAUAGUGCUGCUUAUAUAAAUCAAGUUCACUCGUUUUCUCACUUCAAUUACCAGAACGAUAUUAGGGUGGAUACGAUGUUAGGGUGGAUUUCACUUGCAUUAGAGUGUAGCAGUACAAUAUUAGCGAGGACCAAAUUACUUGCAUAUGCAUUGACUGUGAUGUGAAGUGUAAUGGCAUGUUUUCUUUAGAGAGGAGGGUGUAAAUGACAUUUUAAAGGCUUCCAACUUAGGAUCCUUUUGGUAGGAAAACAAUUCUAAGCUGUA